GUAAAUAGGUUCGCUCGGUAGUUGCACUCUGUAGACGCGUUCGUCUAGUACAUUUAAUAUCGUUCGCUUAUUAAUGAAUUUUUCUUUCGUUUCUGUUAAUUGUCAGUCAAUGGAAGUUUUCAAUGUAUGAAUACCUUUAAAUAAAUUCAUAUUAAAUAAUAAAAUUCGAAUUUCUGAACGAAUCCAACGGAUUUUCAUUUGAAACCGAGCGCUCUUGCAACCAUUAAAAAAAUUAGAAAAUGAAAAGAAAAGCAGAAAUGAGUAGAAGCGUACUGUUACGAUCAAGAACUCAAAGCGUGCCACCCGAACACGGUCCCUUCGUCUUUCCUCGACGUCCCUUCGCCAACAAUAAACCGGUUUGGUUUACAAAAGAGGAUGUGUAUGAACUGGGACUAACAAAACUGUAGAUAUUUAUUCAUGCUUGUCUGACGUUCUAUCCAUCUUAAUGUCUCUCUUAACGAAUUUGGUCUCAGAGAAAAAUACAAUGCAAGCCAGUUCAACUUAACUGUACAAAAUUAAUUAAAAUGUGUGAACUUUAUUUUCUUUAAGCAGCACAACGUUUCGAAUAGCUGAAUUAUCAUUUGGACAUACAGACUUUCAAUGUAAAAUACAACACAAUAAAUUAAAGACAGCUUGUACUGCGCCUGUAUUCAUUAAUUUCAUCUGGCCCAGUUAAAUACAAUAAUUUAUGAAGAUAUUAUUAGAAAUAUAUCACCCAUUUCUAAUAUGAAGGGGACACCUCAGGAUCCUAAAUGGAGUUUGGAACGACGUGAGUCAUCAGGACACUUGGUUUGGCGGAAGGAGUCUCCUAGUUCUAAAGUACGUUUUCGUUUUGAUGUUGAAGUAUUGGAAUUUGAGAAACAGCCUCAUGAAGAUAGUGAAUACAGAAAAGGCGGAUAUUCUGCUAGUAAUAUUACUUCAACUAUAGCACUUUGUGCUACAUGUGUUGCGGCGGUUGCUGCAAGUGUUUUUUUACCAUGGUAUAUUAUGGAUAAGGCGCUAUCAAGGAGUUCAUAGUUUUGUUCUUUUAUGGUGCAUUGGAAUUUUAUACACAACUUUAAUCCAAUUUUUACACAUCAAAUUGUUUUAUGCUAAGAGAGCGAAAAUGUAUACAUGUUGACCAUUUUAAGCGAAGUUAUACUUAUCGAAUUUAUUUUUAUAAAGAGAAAUUUUCUCUGUUCUUUAGCGUGCUAUAGAAAAAAUGUGUACCAAAUCGGAAUCAUAUAAAUAAGAAUUUCAGUUAAAAUUUUUGAACAUGUAACAAAAUCUACCAAGUAUAAUCAAUUAAAUUACUCGCAAAUUGAUCUAUAUGAAUUUACGCUUAAAUAUUUAUACGUCAUACAUUAUAAUUAGUAUUGUGUAAAGAUAAGUGCCUUAAAACGAAUUAAGAAAUAUUUAAAGUUUAUGCUAAUUUUAAUACUAGUGAGUUAAAUCUGUGAUCUUGAAAGCAUCGCCCAAUAUCAAUAUUUACUGAUGUUGUAGACUUAAUAAAUAUUUAAAUUUCAAGUAUAAGAUUUUCAAUAAAUAAGAACCUUAAUUUAAUAUACACAGCUUAAGAUAAUAUAAUUAUAUUUGGCAUUAUUAUUUUUAAUAAACUUUUGUAAAGAACAUGAUUAAACCCCAGAAGUUGGUCAAAACUAAGAAGAUGUUAACGUUCUAUUAAAAAAAUUCCUUAAAACUAAAUGAAGGAUUUACUUCGAAAUGAGUAAUAAUACUAUAUACCUAUUGGCACUUAAGCUAUUUAGCUUAAAGUAAAAUACUCGUAGUUUGUAAUCACACAUUAAUGAAUGAAGUAUUUAAGAACUAAUCUAAAAGUGUGUUUAUGUGCUUACAUACAUGCAUACAUAUGUAUGUAUGUAUCAAAGAGUUCAUAAUUAAAACAUGAAGCUUUAAGGGGUUAGAUGGGUCUACCCGGGCAAAAAACAGCAUAUUUAAAAAAAAAAAUUUAUAAUAUAAGAAAUGAAAUAUUUUAUUCAAACUUUUUAUUAAUACAAAGAUACAUAUUUUACAAAGACUUUGACAAAUUUGCAAAAAAAAAGGUACAAAACUCGAACAUUACGACGUCGAUUCCGGCAGUACCUCGGAAAAAAUGUGCCUCCGUGAUAGCAAAGCUUCUUAUAGGAUCAUCUGAAGUAAAAACAAAAAAUACGAGUUAAUUAGUUGAGACUAUAACCAAGGUAUUGGACAAAGGGGAAAAAAGUGAGAGCUGCAUUUUUGGCAGACGAUUUUACAAAAAGUACCAAUUUUGAUGAGAAUUUCUCAAGGUGUUUUUAUAAGUAGUUGUAAUUGAAAAAAAAAAAUAUCCUUCGUUCAAGCCCAUGUAAAUUAUUACAAGUACAUAUCUCGAAGACCGUCGCACUCGUAAAAGAAUUAGCAUUUACCUCAGGAUUUUUCGGAUUAAACGACUGUUUCCUUUUCUUAGGUCUAUCUUUUCUACGAGCACUAGAAACUUUUAACGGCAUUUUUAAACGAAUAAAAUUGAUAACGAACACUUAUAACCUCAAAAUAAACCUCGUGAUUCAACGAGAAAUUACCAACUGAAAUAUUUCUAAGUAGUUUCCCUUAGAGAAUGAAAGAAGGGGACAAUAAUUACGCGUAACAAUAGACAAGCAGCUGCUCCGUUAUACCUGGGCGCUAAGCCUAACUGACCUCGAACGCACAACUAUUCAAGGCUGUAUCUCCACAACUAUUAUUCGGAUCAACUUGAGCAUUUAGGACAAUACUCUAGAGAAAUUAUAAAAUUAAACAAGACAAUAAAAAAAUUGAUUUUUCAAACCGUGAAACAUAUGUAACCCCUUAAUACUUGAAGUUAUAGAACAAAGUAUGUAUGGUAAAUAUAUGUAUGUAUGUAUGUGUCAUCAGAUUCUAAAUUUUCGUACUAUGUUGCUCUGAAAAGGCCAAAUCAUCUCCCCGAACACUUACGAUCAUCAUUAUUAUCAUUGUAGUGCGAUGUCCAUACGGUUGAGCAUAUUAUAAAACAUCUGAGAUUACCAUCGAAAUACUGCGAUAGAUACGUUCAGGCAGACAAUUACUGACUCUUCGACAUGUGAAGAAACUUAAAAUAUGCAUUUUAUAUACACAUGUAUGUAUGUUUUGUUUCAGAUAUCGUUUCUGAGUUUGCAUUGUGAACGUAUUUUUUAUAAUAAAUCAUAUUAUAUUGUAUACAUGGUUAAGUUAAAUUACUAUUGAACCUUUUAAUAAAUGCGUGCAAUUAUGAAUCAAUCAAAAUAUUUUAGCAGGGCAACGUUGUGCUUUAUAUAUGUAUAAUAAUAAAUCCUAAAGGUAACUAACAAAUUUAAGAAUGCCUAAACAUAAAAAAACUCUUUCCAAUCUGCCUAUUAGACGAACCUUUUGGAUAGUGAAUUAUUAAACCCAAUUAGCAUUUCUAUGGUAUUAUACAAAUCAAUUUAUAUCUGUUUUAAUAGUUGGUGUACAUUAAGUUAGAUUGCCCGAGGAAUACUAAUAAGUGAGUAAAAUUUGUGUACGAUUUAAAUACAUAAGGAAAUUAUUUCAAAUCUGUUGAUUAAAACACAUUUGUAUUUACAACGUACUGUUCAUUUUUAUCGUUAUCUCGCCGAGUUAUGAGAAUAAUUGCACGAAAUGCGUACACAUCAAGCGAAAGUUUGUAAUUUUUAAUUAAUGGCAGUUCAAAUAAGGUUUAGGCUAUAUUAUGUCACUGGAUAGUGGCUGAAUUUUCAGUGGCUCGAUGAAGGCUAAAUAUUCAGUCGUAUUUUCAUGAAAGGACAUUUGAGUGUUUACUUUCUAUUAAAUAGCGAUUUUCGUAUUUAUGAUCAUCGGUGAUCAUAUAUCAGAUUAUAUCAACGGUGAUUCGGCUUGUUCUUGAAUGUAUAUAUCGAUUAAUUCUUGUUUGUACACAUUGAAAUAAGGUUUUUGUAGUAUCAUAGUUGGCAAGACAACCAUUUCUAGGGCAACUGGAAAUUGUUCCAUUCAGAAAUAACAGGAUUUUAUAUUAUUCUCUUGAAUAUUAUACUUACAGUUAUAUUUACAAACGAAUUAUAUUUUUCAUCAAUUAUAUUUACAAACGAAUACCCACAAUAGUCAAAUUUUUGAAAUAAAACUAGUAAGGAAGGGCUAAGUUCGAGUGUAACCGAACAUUUCACACACUUGCAUCUUGCAAGGAUCAGAGCCGGUUAAAUACUUUCAAACUUUAUAUUAAGAAAUGUAGCGAAAAGGUUCAACUUCAUUGUUCGACGAAAUGGGGAUUGGAUUACAAUCUGAGAUGUUAUAAAGCCUAUUUGUUUCAUCUAAUCUAUUGAACUUUUAGUAGUUUUUAACAAAACCGUUGUAUGGGGAGUGGGCGUGGUUAUCCUCCGAUUUCUCCUAUUUUCAUGCUGUCGCAAGACGUAUUGAAAUGGUAUGUCUUUUGCAAAUUUGGGUGAUAUAGCUUGAACAUUUAUAAACCACAGAUGCCACUCAAUAUUGCGAUUCGUUUUACCAAAUUACGGUUUAGUAUUAUAUCUUAAUUUUCGGCUUAGUUAUGACAAUUUAUAGGUUUUCGAUUCACAGUCACUCGGAAUUCAACUCGUCAUACUGAUAUACAUAUAUACAUAUAUAACUCCUAUAAUUAAACGAAAGUAUUUGCGAUAUAUGGGUAAAUAUAUUUCCAAGUAAUUACUUUUCCAUCUCCUAAAUUCUUUGACAUACUGAAGAUCACAUAUUACACUCAUCAUACUGCUUUUCAAGAAUGUGUUUUUAAUUCGAUCAAAAGUCAGGGCAGUAAAAGGAGUUACCAGAGUCCAAAAUUUGAUUUCGGAUACGGGACAAACCCUUCUUAUAAGCAGCACCUCAAAUAUAAUGAUUGAACGAUUUUAUAUCCCCGUCAUCUGAUUUAAUAAAAAUUCAAUAUUUUACAGAUAAAAAUCAAAUUUCGGAUAGAAUUCUUCAUGACGGCAGAUUGGAUGAGAUUAGUCAAACUAGCUUUCCAAAAAUCGUCCAAUCUAUAUGGCAACCCAACCAAUUCUGCAUCGGAAAGAUAAAUCGCGAUUCUCUCGAUGACAAUACGUAAAAAAAUAUACUCACAUCAGCCAUAUAAGUUUCCUGCUACUAAACUCUCAUUGGUUUUCGAGAUUGGAACAUAAGCACAUAUAAACAAGGAAUAUCAUAAUGAUUGCGUAUAUAAAGCGUUCAAGUAUUAUGUGGAAAACAUAGUGAUAUCUCAUCAAAAUUAUGAAAAAUACUCACCUUGCUAAAGAAAAAGAAGAAAAGUGAGCUUUAGAGCAGGAAAUAUCUUUUAGAGGUGAUUACGAUAGUGGCACUUUUUCAUGGACACGACCUCAAAGAAAAAAUGGAAACUUUCGGGCCCUUUUACGUGUAAGAACCGAAUCUAGUGGCAGAGUUUUGGAAACCCAUGUUAUUAACAGCACAAAAAAUUUACUUAUUUGAUUCCGCAAAUACAUAACGAAAUUGUUCAAAUUUGUUCUGAUAUCGUCACUGGUAAAGUUACUAAUAAAAUCAAUAAAUCGGCGUUGAAACCAUGGAUAUUUCGGACGCUGAACAGCUUUCACUAUA